AUUUACAAAAAAAACACUUUUUCUUUUUUUUCUCUGUCUUCAUUAAUGUAAACUUUGAUCAUCGGAUUUGGUGAAACAUCUAAACCAUUGAAAGUACUCUUUUCCUUUUCGGUACUGAUUUGAGACACAGUGUUAGCUUUCUUGAUCCUCUUCUGUCGGUGUGUUCCGUUUGAUGGGAGUUAUUAUUUCCCGGGGAAAUUACUUUUGACAUGGCUGCCAAACUGUCUUUCAAGGACUCUCUUAAAGCUCUUGAAGCCGAUAUUCAACACGCUAACACUCUAGCUUUAGACCACCCUCGGGAGAAGGAUGGAGGACGUGUGCAGAUGAGAUUGUCAUACAGCCCAGCUGCUCAGUUCUUUCUUUUUCUUGUACAAUGGACUGAUUGUCACCUCGCUGGUACCCUCGGCUUGCUCAGAGUCCUUAUCUAUAUGACUUACGCAGAUGGGAAAACCACAAUGUCGGUUUAUGAAAGAAAAGCCAGUAUCAGAGAGUUCUAUGCUGUUAUAUUCCCUUCCUUGUUACAACUACAAAGGGGAAUCACAGACCUCGAAGACCGUAAACAAAAAGAGGUCUGCAGCAUGCGGUACAGAAAGAAGGAUGAGAGCAAAAAGUGUGAGCUCUCGGAGAUUGAGAUGGAGCGGGAAGAAGAAUGUGGAAUCUGUAUGGAGAUGAACAGCUUGGUCGUGCUGCCUAACUGUACGCAUUCUCUUUGUAUCAAAUGCUAUCACGAUUGGAGAGGGAGGUCGCAGUCAUGCCCUUUCUGCAGAGACAGUCUUAAGAGAGUGGAUUCAGGUGAUCUUUGGAUGUUCUUGGAGAACACCGAUACAGUGAACCCCUCUGUGAUCGCUAGAGAGAAUCAGAGACGGUUGUUUGUGUAUAUUGAGAAGUUACCACUGGUGGUUCCAGAUCAAGCGUUUGCCUCUUCUCCUUACGAUUCCCAUGUGAGGUGAAACAAGAAAACAAAAAAAAAAGGUGUAAACCGGUUCUGGUGAAUCUUUACAUGUAUCUAUUUAUUAGAAGUUAGGAGAAGUAGUAGCAGUCUUGUCCUUUUUUAAUACUCUGUUUUUCUUUACCAUAUUUUCUUGGGAAAGUUCCACUUCCUUCAUGCUUUUUGUGCAUUUGGUUGUUGGUUCCCAUUUACUUAUUUACAAGCAUAAACCUUUCUCUUCAAAAAGUGUGUAUUCACAAUCAAA